UCAGUGAAGCUUUUGUGACCCAGAAAUGUGGUUGGCUUCUUCGACGUCCAUGAUCUUGAUCGUGCUCAAAGGGUAUGAAAUUGAAAAAAGGCGAAAGGCAGGCUGUUUUGCCAAUCCAAGAAAGGUGAAUUACUUUCUUUCACGCACUCCCGCACGAAGUAGAUCUCCACUUCUGCCCCACGUCGCUCUACUCUCCCGACAUAAUGGUUUAUUCUCAUUGCUCUUGUUGUGCAUGCAUAUACGUACGGUAGAAGUUGUUAUCGAUCUCCCCUCUGGCUCUGGGAUUUUACAACUUUUCAAUAUAUGUACCGUAGAAGUUGUUAUCAAGAAGAAAACAGAUGGCGUAAGAACAGGCUUUUCUGCGUGUGUUCCCCGUGCAGAUUUGCACAGUAAUUAUGGAACAGGGUGCGGCCCCGACCCCCGUUGCGGUCGUAGAUGGUGAGUCGUCGAGCAGUGAUGACAAAGAUGCUCAGCCAACGACUCGCAUGAACGCGACGGAAGCACCUGGUCGUGCAGGAAAUAUGGCAGCUGCGAAAGGAAACAGUUCACAGGGACCUUCUGGCGCUGCCGCGGAGGCCGAUGAAGAGGACUCUAGCAGUGAGGAUGACCUGGACAUGACAGGUUAUAAAAAAGAACCUCCGCAGGAGAUGAAAUCUAAAGCCGCAGCGGCGGCGAAUAGUCUACCAUCGGCUCCUACCCUACAACCUGCUGUUUCGACCGUACAGCAACAAGUAGUUGGUCCUGAGAACAGUGCCACCGCGGCGGCCUCGAAGCCCGGAAAUAAAGAGCUCGCGCAGCCACCGAAAAAUGCCGCCUCCUCGAAGCCAGUGGCUGUAGCUGCAAAGCAGGGACAACAAAAACCCUCGCCCCCGGUAGUACUACAAGUGUCGUCAAAGAAGGCGGCCGCCACGCCACCGGUGUCGAAGCAAGCGCAGCCGUCUGCUGCUUCGCCAAAGCAACCACCGGCGCCGUCCGGGGUAGCUGUAACUCAGGGGACGAAGCUUCGAUCCUCAUCGACAACUGGCGCAAAGGCGCCACCAGCUGGGAAAAUGGCCGCGCCUGGGAAGCAAGCGCAACCUGCUGCGACAAAGCCGAAACAGCCGCAGCCCGGUGCUGCGAAACAGGCACAGCCAGUCGCUGCGAAGCAAACGCAAGCCUCGAUCGUUUCUGCAAAACAGGCACAACGACCGGCGCAAACUGGCGUUGGUAAAACGGCAGGAACUAGUACAAGACCACCAGUACCGACAGGAGAACCGCAGCCGCCCCAAGCAAAACAGGCACAACAGCCGCUUCUUCCCGCAAAGCAGCAAGCGCAGCCGCGUGCUGUUGUGAGCAGUGAGGCCGCACAGGCAUCGAGUGCGGCGCCUAGGCAGCUGGCGCAGGUUGUAGAAGGCGCACCCGCGGCCGUAGUUGUUCCCGAGAAUUCACAAUCACAACCAGUACAACAAGUUCCGCCAGAAGAACCAUCACAGCAGCAACAAGGUGCGAGGCAGGGUCAACUGGUGCAACAAUUGGACCACGACCAGGAUAAAAAGGAACAACAGGCCGCGGUGGCUAUCGCGUCACCCCCGGAAGAUCCGUCUGUACCUGUAGUAAAUGCGGUUAUACGACAAGAGCCACAAACACAAACUGCGAAACUAGCGGCAUUAUCGGAAUUGGAGCCAGGCGGAAUUGCUGUCCCCGAGCAGACGAGGAUAAGUGAGAACAAUGUUCAAGAAGAACAACAGGCUACAGCCUUGCCUGCUGGUGCGGGGCAACAAGAAUUGGCACUGAGCGCAUCACAGCUUCAAGCAGAUCAAGACAGUUCUUCCCCUGCAAGAGCCCUCGAUGAGGGUGCAGCAGGACCUAGCCCCGCUUCGGACCUGAAAAGUGAGGAACGAAAACGACAAGAAGCGAAAGGAGGUGUACUUCUCGUAGAGCCCACCUCGCAAACGAAUAAACAAGUUGUGUCACUUUCACAGGCUGGCGGAAUCGCUGUGAAGGUGGACGAAAUAGAAGAAGUAGAUGAGGACGACGCUGUGAGCAGUGACGAUGUUGAAGCACCACCGCUAGUUGGUGGCGGCUCUACUCCGCCGCCCCCGCAGUGCCCGCCUGCUCCCUACUCCGCCCCCUCGUCCCCGGGAGAAGUCGCAGCGCAACGGGAGGAAGAUUUAAGGCAAAAACAGUACGAGGCGUGUUCGGUACAGCCCCCAAAAGGCUUGCAAGACUGGAAACCAGAAAAGUUUUUCGUGGACGAAACGAGGUUUCUGGGUAUCGCGGUCGUGGCGAAGCGGAAACGCGACCGCGAGGUGGAAGCAGCGCUGUCGAAACCGGCACCAGGAACACCAGGUUUGUUACAGGAGCGGCCACUGUUGACCAAAAUGUUGGACCAGGCGGCGCAGCCGCUUCUGUCCGGGUUCCGCGAGCAGUGUUACGAGGCCCAGGGCAAGCAGGCGCACUUCCUUUCGGAUGCAGUGGAGCAGGUGCAGAGGGAGGCAAACGAACAAGCAAAAGCGCUCUGCGAGCGUUUUCCCAAGCUUGGGAAUUAUAGUACAGGAGGAGCAAGUGGUGCAAGGGAAGACGCGAGAAGUACUUCCUUAUUGACGAAGAAGAGGAUGCAAGUUUGGGGCGAGGUGAAGACGGCGAAAAUCAUGCACGCGCUGCUAUCCGGUCGAGAUGAUGUUGUAAACUCGCUGUUGAACAACAACGCGGGACCUACUACGCCAAAGGCUCGCAGUACUCCUGCUCGUCCACGCACUGAUUUCAUAAAGAACGCCGAAGACAGAUCUAGAGCUAGAGGACCUGGAAUUAGUACUACACCUUCCCCGCGACCUCCAGCCGCUGCUCGGAAAAGUUCGUCCACAACUACGGCCGCACGGGAGCGGUUUCAACCCCCAGCAGUUUACGACCCUCAGACUGUGCGUUGGCCUCAAGCGAGGAGCCGAAAUUCCACGUCGCCAACACUAUUUCCUCGCUCGCCAACAAGUCUUGGAAGGAGUGAAAGUCCUGUUUUGGACGCACCGACCGCGGGCUUCAGUUUUAGUAGGGGCGCGUCACCAGUACCAGCAGCUGCUUCUUCAAAAUCUGCCGCGGCGAGUAGAAGAGCGUCAAAAUCGUUUUCGCCAGCAGCGUCCGGUCGGCGAAUGUCAAGAAGCUCACAAAGCCCCAAGUCCGUGAAUUUUGUUGGUGUAGCCACGACCAAAUCAACAUCUGGUCUUACUUCCAGCGCCGUCAGGCAGUCGAGACGAUCGAGAAAGUCGAGAUAGCUUGAUGAUCUGUAAGCUUAGUCUUGUCGAUGUCGUCCGAUGUUGUAGACGGUGCAACAAAGUGUG